CAAAAGAGACAUCAUAAUAACAAUACAAUUCCUAUAUAGUAUAAUGUUUAAAAUAGAAUGUGUAUGUCUACUUGUUCAACUCCAUACAAGUUUAAGUAACUACGUGUGUACACAUCAAAAGUUGGAGGGCAUAGAUAUCAGAUGAGCGGCCAAGUUAAACGACACGUUUAUAUAUUAUGUCAUCUUUUAAUUAAGACAAGAAUUAUCCUUAACAUAUAGAAACUUAUGUGUGACAUUCAAUUAACUCCUAAAAAUAAGCAAGACCUGCCAUGCACAAAACAAAACAAAAAAACCAGAGCUCCCUUUCUCUACUCUUCACCAUUCACAUUUUGUUUUACCUUCAUUAUAAUUAUAACUCUAUUUAUUCAUCUUCUUCCCAAUCCUUCAGCCUCCCCUUUACAACAAAGCAGCUGUGGUUUAUCGACGAUAGCUAUCGCCGAUAACCAAUUUUUCCUUUUAACAGAAACAAGUAAAAGAUCAAUAUUCAUAUGUACAAAAAAAAAACAGGAAAUUUGGUUUGCAAAAUUCACAACUUUUUUUCGAUUUUUUUUUUGAAUGUAUGUAUCUAUGUAGAGACCAUUUUGAACCUUGUUUCUCUGUUUAAGAUUGUAUUUGGAUAUUAGGGUAAUUGUGUUGUUUAGUUUUUUAUGCUGCAUUGUCGAAUUGAGUCAUGGCGGAUUCUGGGGGAGAGAAGAAAAGAGUAGUGGUGAUUGGAGGUGGCGUUGCUGGAUCUCUUAUUGCACGGAGUCUUCAAGAUGAGGCUAAUGUUACCCUCAUUGAUAUGAAGGAGUAUUUUGAGAUUCCUUGGGCUGCCUUAAGGUCAAUGUGUGAUCCUUCAUUUGCAAAACGAGUCGUCUUUAGUCACUCCGAAUACCUUCCCCAUGGAAAUGUCAUUACAUCUGCUGCUGCUAACAUCACGGAUACAGAGGUUGUAACUGUAAAAGGUGACAGAGUUGCGUAUGAUUUUGCUGUUAUAGCUACUGGUCACUCAGAAAAUGGUGCUUACACGAAAGAUGAGAAGUUCGCUCAAUACCAAACAGAUCAUGAAAAGAUUAAAUCUGCCAGCUCUAUAUUAAUAAUCGGGGGAGGACAAACAGGCGUGGAACUGGCUGCUGAAAUUGCUGUGGAUUAUCCCGAUAAGAAGGUAACGAUUGUGCAUAGGGGAUCAAUGUUGUUGGAAUUUAUUGGAGAAAGUGCCAGCAAUAAGGUAGUGCAUUGGCUAAAAUCAAGGAAGGUUGAAAUCAUUUUGGGGCAAUCUGUCGAUGUAAAUUCUGCAAAAGACGGUGUUUACAAAACAUCUGGUGGACAAACUAUAGACGCUGAAUGUCAUUUUAUAUGCAUUGGAAAGCCGAUUGGUUCAGGGUGGCUAAAAGAAACCGUCUUGAAAGGUAGUUUGGAUAUUCAUGGAAGGUUGAUGGUUGAUUCUAAUUUGAAGGUCAAGGGUCGAAGCAAUGUCUUUGGUAUCGGAGAUAUUACUGAUAUCCCUGAAAUUAAACUAGGAUACUUGGCUCAAAGACACGCAGGGAUAGCUGCCAAGAACAUAAGAUUGUUAAUGAAGAAUGCGAACGACAACAACUUGAAUGUAUAUAAACCUGCUUUGUCAUUAUCAUUAAUUGCUCUAGGCAAAAGAGAGGCUGUAGCGCAGUUUUACUGUAUAUCGUGUAUUGGACGCCUUCCAGGGAUGAUCAAAUCAGGAGAUUUAUUUGUCGGGAGGACUCGAAAGCAACUUGGUUUGCUAUCUGAACUUCAAUAAACUUCUGUUUUUCAGGUUUAACAUGUAUUCUUUAGCUAGUUCCCCUGUAAACAUAGUUGUUUAUAAUACAUAUCAUAUUCAGUUAGAUGGAA